GUCUGUUGUACAAUUUCAUGCUCUCCUUAUCGGCUUCUCUUUCCACCCGCGGUAAUUGAGGCUGGCGGCGUGCCAGGGAGAGUGCGAGUGAGGCGGGUGGAGAGGAGGAAGAAGAAGGACAGAAGCACAGGCAACCGAGGGAGGGCCUUCUUUCAUUCACUCGACAAAACCUGCGUUUCUUCCUGCACUUUCUGACAAUGCUGCACUGGGAACAGUAAUGAUCACUGAUCCCUCUUAAUGAGAAGGAUUAACAGGAAUCCCCACGUUGUCUUGGAACGCUUACAGGUGCAACGGGUAAGUUAGUGUGGCUACAAUAUGGGUUACAAAGCAACAUCCAUGCCUUGUAUCUUAAGAUGCAUGUGUUUCAUGCUUCUCCAUUGGCUUAACGCAGCACAAGAUGAAGACUUAAGAAGUUGUAGGACUGCGCCAGGUGAUUUGGUCUUUAUUGUCGAUGGUUCUUGGAGUGUUGAAGAUGUCAACUUUGAAAUAGUAAAGCGGUGGCUUGUAAACAUAACCAAAAAUUUCCAAAUUGGACAGAAAUUUACCCAAUUUGGUGUAGUCCAGUACACCGAUGAUCCCAUUUUAGAAAUACCUCUUGGGAAGUAUUCUACAAACAACGACCUGAUCAGAGCGAUGGAAUCCAUCGAGUACAUGGGAGGAAACACGAGGACAGGCACGGCCAUCGAAUUUGCCACAGACAAACUGUUUGGCCUCUCUGAGCGUGGCCCGAUGGGCGUAUCCCGAAUUGCAGUUGUCCUCACCGAUGGGAAGUCUCAAGAUGAGGUUUCCAAGGCAGCCGAAGCCGCGAGAAAAAAAGGAGUCAUUUUGUUUGCGAUUGGUGUGGGGUCAGAGACAGAGGAGGCACAGUUGAGAGCCAUUGCAAACAAACCUUUUUCAACUUACGUUUUCUCUGUGGAGGACUACAAAGGUAUUUCCAGGAUCAUACAAGUCAUUCGACAAAAACUGUGUGAAGAGACUGUUUGUCCUGCGAGAAUACCUAUCGAUUCCAGAGAUGAGAAAGGAUUUGAUAUCCUAUACCAUUUAAAUUUUGCCAAAAAAGCCAAGAAAACAAAAGGAACAUAUCAUGGCACUAAGGCCUACGAGGUGACAUCUCGUAUUGACUUGAGUGAAGCUACAAGGUCACUUUUCCCUGAUGGCCUCCCACCAUCGUAUGUGUUUGUUGCCACUCUGAGAUACAAGGGAUCGGUGGCAUUGGAGCAGUGGGAUCUGUGGAGAAUCCAGACGCGUGACGGUAGACCUCAAAUGGCGGUGACCCUAAAUGGACUUCAUGGCACCGUUCAGUUCACCACAACCAGCCACUCACUAACUGGAACGCAAACGGUUACAUUUUCACAGAACACAGCAAUGAAACUGUUUGAUGAGAAAUGGCACCAACUACGACUGCUGGUCACCGAGGAAGACGUCACUCUUUAUGUUGAUGACCUGGAAAUGGAAACACUGACAUUGGAGCCUCCUGUUGGCAUUUUCAUCAAUGGAAAAACUCAAGUUGGAAAAUACGUCAGUAAAGAAACAACAGCGCCGUUUGAAAUUCAGAAGCUGCGUAUCUACUGUGACCCUGAGCAGAACAACCGUGAGACUGCAUGUGAAAUACCAGGAGUGUGCUCCAACAGUCCAGAUUAUGCUGAGCCAACUCAAGAACCUUGUGUUUGUCCUCCGGGACCUCCAGGACAUCCAGGCAUGAAGGGUGAACCAGGAAAUGGUGGCAAAGCAGGUCUGCCUGGACGUGCUGGUGCUGAUGGUAAGCCUGGAGUGGCUGGCAUUAGAGGAAGUCCAGGGUUUCCUGGUGUGGCAGGAAUGAAGGGUCAGCGUGGGGCAGAUGGGUUGAAAGGGGAGCAGGGCAGGCCCGGUGUUUCGGGUGAAAGAGGUGUACCGGGAUUAACAGGAACACCUGGACAACCUGGAGAGAAGGGACCGGUUGGAUCACCCGGACGAGUAGGGAUGGCGGGUAAAGCCGGACAAACGGGAGAGAAAGGAAGUAUUGGACAACCCGGGCCUCCAGGUUAUCGAGGAGUACCCGGUGAACCUGGAAGAGAUGGAAAGGAUGGAUUUCCUGGGCUACCUGGUCUAAAGGGAGAAAGCGGGGAGAAUGGAAUCCCCGGUCUCGAUGGAAGGGAUGGCCAUAUGGGUUUGCCUGGUUUGCCAGGGAGCGCUGGCCUCACAGGACAAAAAGGGGAAGCCGGUUUUCCUGGAUCAAAGGGCCCACAAGGAUCAGACGGAUCACCUGGGGAGAUGGGCCCAGCAGGUCCACCUGGUUUCAAGGGAAAUAUUGGCCCAAAGGGCAGUAAGGGUGAAAAUGGAAGUCCGGGUAAACAAGGGAUGCCAGGUUCUAUGGGUAGACCAGGUGAUCCUGGACAAGCGGGUCAGCCCGGACACCCAGCGGUGCCCGGCCUAAAGGGAAGCAAGGGGGAAAGGGGAUAUGCAGGUGUAAGAGGAGAUCUGGGAAUGAAAGGUGAAAAGGGAGCAGAUGGAAAAUCAGGGAAUCACGGAUCGCCCGGACUGAGGGGACUAACAGGGGAGAAAGGGACAACAGGGGAUCCGGGUCAGAGAGGCCAGGAAGGUCAAAUGGGCCGCCCUGGACAGCCAGGUCAGGCGGGACAAACGGGACCCCGAGGCCCUCGGGGCGACACGGGUCCUGCCGGACAACCUGGCCCGGCAGGAAGCUCUGCGGCUGACAUUUCAGACAUGCACAUUCGACAAGUUUGCAGAGAAAUUCUUCAGUCUGAACUGCCGUCAAUGUUGUUGAGCCACCAGUCAAGUAGCUGUGCCAGGUGCCAAAGCCUUCCUGGAACACCUGGCGUCCCAGGUCUUACGGGGCCCCAGGGUGCUAGGGGACUCCCUGGCAUGUCUGGCGCCAGGGGGCAGCCAGGCUACCGUGGUCAUCCAGGGCUACCUGGUGUUAAUGGGAUAAAAGGAGAUCCUGGGCUUAAGGGUGAAAAGGGAAGCCCAGGGCGCACCAUACAUGGGGACCAAGGACCACCUGGGCCCCCAGGUCCUGUAGGUCGUCAGGGUUAUGGCAAACCGGGCACUUCAGGUCAACCUGGACCACCUGGUCUUAACGGAGCAGAGGGUAAAAGCGGUAAACCCGGCACACCUGGCCAGCCUGGGGUGUGUGACCCCUCCUUAUGCUAUGGUAGCAUGAUGAGGCGGUCCUACUACAGCAAAGGACCAAACUAUUGACUGAAGUCCACCAGUGUGAGGCUGGUGUGAAGCAAACAGCCAUUCUCAGGAAGUUCUCAUCCUUACAGUUGUCCUCUGGCUCAGUAAGAAAUGGACCUCUUCUAAAUAUCGACAAUCAAUCUACAUACAACCAUCAAAAAGCCACUUUUGUUCUGUUAUCUAAUGAAUAAUUUUCAAAUGUCAGGAGAAGAGUACAAAAUUCCCAAGGCGGUUUAUGCACUAUACCAUGGAAUACAAAGAAGGAAGUAACUGCCAAGUGGACAAAAAAAUGGCAUAGCAAUGACUUUACAUAGAGUUUGACGUCCGUUUCAAAUUAAUGAAAAGAAAAACACUGCUCGAUAAGACUGUGGAGCUGAUUUCAGGAACAUCAGCUCCAGGUGCAUCUGCAUGAAUGUCAAGCAAAAGACAGGCUUUGUUCAUCAUGUCACACUUGUGACAGAAAAUUCCCAUCUUCGUCUUUUAUUGCAAUGGAUUCUCUUGUUUUAUGAUCUGAUGAAAGCAAGGCUGAACUUUGACCACAAUUCCAAAAGGUACUGUAUGAUUGGCUCACAAUCAAUGUUGCACACCAUAAAAAAAAAAAAAAAGAAAAGAAAAGAAAAAUAUCCAGCAGUGAAGUACAGUGGGAGCAAUAUUGUGCUUUGGGACUAUAUUUCUUCAGCUGGAACUGGGAAAUUAGUCAAUGUGGAGGGAAUUAUGAGGACUGUAGUUCCAAAAAGGAGUCAAUAUUGGCACAAAUCCUCCAGGUUUCUGCGAGAGGUUGAAGAGGUAUUGAACCUUUCAGAAUGAUAACAACCAAACGCAUACAUCCAAAUACUUUGCCAGAGGAACAUUAACAUUUUGGAAUGGCACAGUCAGACUCCAAGAUGAAAUCUAGUUGAAAGUUGCCCGUGGCGCACGGUGCAUAAGAGAUGCCCAAUGCUAAAUCAGCCAGAGUUGGAACAAUUUUGCAGGGAUCUGCGGUACGAUAUAGCCAAGUCAAUAUGUACUAAGCCAACUGACUCCCAUAUGAAAUUAGUGCUCACAAAUACUUUUUGGUGAAAAAGUGUUGGUGCACAUGACAUUUGCGCAAAAAAAUUAUUUCACCCAAAAAAA